AAUAAAGUUGCUGAUUCAUUGCCUUAUGCUGAAACCCUGUGUUUUUUCCCUCCUCUUCCUUCCUCUUUAUAAGGAGACACUCUGACGGAGAGCACAUUUUGGGGACCCACUUGACGUGUUGUGGUCUUGGUUGCCUGAUCCUUCUUCCAUCUGCAGAUCGUGGUCCCUGUAACAGCAGGGGGAUCAGCCUCCCUCUUUCCUCUGGAGGAUCGCCCUUCUAGAGACUCUGAGGAACAAUGGAAGUCUUGGGGUUUCUCAAACUGGAAGUGAAUGGCCCCAUGGUGACAGUGGCCCUCUCAGUGGUCCUCUUGGCCCUCCUGAAAUGGUACUCCACAUCCGCGUUUUCAAGACUGGAGAAGCUGGGCAUCAGACAUCCCAAGCCUUCUCCUUUUAUUGGAAACUUGACAUUUUUCUGCCAGGGUUUCUGGGAAAGCCAAAUGGAGCUCAGAAAGCUAUAUGGACCUCUGUGUGGGUACUAUCUUGGUCGCCGGAUGUUUAUUGUUAUCUCUGAGCCAGACAUGAUCGAGCAGGUGUUGGUUGAGAACUUCCACAACUUUACCAACAGAAUGGUGUCAGGUUUGGAGUCCAAACCGGUAAUGGACAGCGUCCUGUUUUUACGUGACAGAAGAUGGGAAGAGGUCAGAAGUGUCCUGACUUCGGCUUUCAGUCCUGAAAAGCUGAAUGAGAUGACGCCCCUAAUCAGCCAAGCCUGCGAUCUGCUCCUGGCUCACUUAAAACACUAUGCGGAAUCUGGGGACGCUUUCGACAUCCAGAGGUGCUACAGCUGCUACACCACAGACGUGGUUGCCAGUGUCGCCUUUGGCACCCAGGUGGACUCCCGAAGGGCCCCCGAGGACCCCUUUGUGACGCACUGCAGGCGUUUCUUUGCAUUCUCCAUCCCCAGGCCUGUCCUGGUCCUAAUCUUAUCAUUUCCAUCCAUAAUGGUCCCACUGGCCCGGAUUUUGCCCAAUAAGAACCGAGAUGAACUGAAUGGCUUUUUUAAAAAACUCAUUAGGAAUGUGAUUGCCUUGCGGGACCAGCAAGCGGCAGAAGAGAGGCGGAGAGAUUUCCUCCAACUGAUCCUGGAUGCCCGACAUUCCGCCACCUCUGUGGGGGUGGACAGCUUUGAUAUGGUCAGACAAAUCUUCUCCUCCACCGACUGCGCCGCGGGUCCCUCCCAGCCACACCAGCCCGGCCGCCUGUCCAAGCCACUGACUGUGGACGAGGUUGUGGGCCAGGCCUUCAUCUUCCUCAUCGCUGGCUACGAGAUCAUCACCAACACGCUCUCUUUUGCCACCUACCUCCUGGCCACCAACCCUGACUGCCAAGAGAAGCUUCUGACAGAGGUGGACGGCUUUAAUGAGAAAUACACGGCCCCUGACUACAGCAGCCUCCAGGAAGGCCUGCCCUACCUGGACAUGGUGAUCGCAGAGACCUUGAGGAUUUACCCACCGGCUUUCAGGUUCACGCGGGAGGCGGCGCAGGACUGCGAGGUGCAGGGGCAACACAUCCCCGCGGGCACCGUGGUGGAGGUGGCCGUGGGCGCCCUGCACCACGACCCUGAGUACUGGCCACAACCCGAGACCUUCAACCCGGAGAGGUACCACUGCAGCUAGAAUCCAAAUCUGCCCUAGGUCCAAAGAAUGGCGUCUACAUCAAGAUUGUCUCCCGCUGACAGUGUUAUGAGGACACUCCCAGAUUCAAAGAAAACCUUCAUGUGGAAAUUCAGAUUUUGAGCGAAAACAUCACUGAAGCAAUUGAAAGGGUCCCUGACAUGCAAGUAUAAAAGAGGUCUUUAUAUAACAUUUCCUAAAGGCUUAAUAAAUGUUUGUUGCACUUAGUUUUGACUUUGCUGAUGAUGUAUGAACCACUGAUCCAUCU